AUGAACGCAAUAAAAGCCGAAGACAUCAUUCACGUGCUUCGCGACGGCGUCGCACUUCUACACGGCGGCCGAUGUCGAACCGGCGAGCCGCUGCUCGUCUUUCCUUCACGCGAACAACCAGUGAAUCCGGAUCAUUUGCGCAAUGUGCUUUUAUAUCUACUAACCGUCACAGCAGAUUCUGCAAGAGAAAAGGGUUUUCUUGUGGUGAUCGACAUGCGCGGAAAACAAACAUGGACAAAUGUUAGGCCGAUAUUGAAAACUCUAAACACCAUCACUGAAACAUCAGUAGUUAAUCAAGUUUAUAUAAUCAAACCCGAAAAAUUUUGGGAAAAACAAAAAACGCAAAUGUCAUUGGGAACAUGGAAAUUUGAAGUGGAAAUGGUCUCAUUUGAAGCUCUUUCGAAAAUUGUUGAUGUUUCGCAGCUGCCGAGAAAUGUUGGCGGCACACAUCCGUAUGAUCAUGAUGAUUGGCUUGAAAUUCGCUUGGAGCUCGAAAAAUGGAUUUGGAGCAUCACGGAAGUGAUGGCGAGCUUGGAAACGGUUCGAAAAGAGAUGGUUGAAAGUGAACAUCCGAUUGAUGUGAAAACCGCCGAGCAAGCAGUCAAAAGACACGCAGCUGCGAAAAGAACAAUUUUUACAAUACCCGUAGAAAAAAUCGAAAAUGAUGCGCAUAGGGUGAGGAUAUGUGAAAGAAUCUCGAAUCCGCGAAAUGGUCAUCCAAAUCCGGACCUCCUAGCCUCACUACCUCAUGUUACUAAUCUAGUCGAUUCGCUUAGAUUGAGAAAAGGCGAUGUCUUCAAGCAAUGGGAUAAUCGACGAGGAGAUCUCGAGAAGCUGUAUCAUCAGAAAUUAUUCGAACACGAUGCUGAGAAGAUUCUUGAAAUGAUUCGAUCCUACUCGACGACAGUAGUCAGGAGUAUAGGCGAUGUUGGAAUGUGUGAAGCGGAUGUUGGAAGAUUAACAAAGGACUUCGAGCAGUUUCAAACUGCUGUGCAGGUCGAGAUGGCUGCUGUUCGUCUUCAAGAUGAAUGGUGUGUGCUUCAGGAUCUGCUAACACGACGUCGGCAGAUUUUAUCGCACGCUAAAGCAUUCUUCAAUUCUUCACAAAAAUAUUUCGCCGAACUCCCUGACUGGACGGCGAAACCCGGUGUGAAUCCGUCGGAAGUCAAAAUUCAGCCGGCGGAUUCGCUCGAAGAAGCCAUUAAACGUCAUGAGACCUUCUGGGCUCACGUCGAAGAGAUUUACGCGCAGGCGUUUGAUGAUGGCUCGAAAGUGACAAAGGCAUUGAAAGAGGCCGAAGCCGAGGAUAAUGUGGCGAGGGAGCAGUUGAAUCGGCUCACGAGGGCGCACAAACAGCUGCAUGAUAAAUGGAAAGAGCGAAAAGUUCUUCUACAUCAUAUGCUGGCGAUGAUUGCAUUCGAGACCGAUGUGAAGCUCGUUGUGGAAUGGCUUGAUCAGCACGGAGAACCCUACCUAAAAAAGAACAUUAAUAUAGGUGAAAAUGUGGUGCAGGCGAGAACGCUUCAGCGAAACCAUCAGAAUUUCCAAAAAGUCGCCGCCAAUACCUACGACAACGUUAAAAAGCUGUACCAAGUGUAUAAAAAUGUCACCGAGUCGGGAAGCAAAAUGUGUGAUGUCGAAAAGAUGAGGAGCCUUAUGACGGAUCUUGAUCUGAGAAUAAAGAAAUUCACGAAUCGCGUCGAGACCCGCGGCAAUUUGCUGAAACUCUCGGUGUUGUUUCACACGCAUUAUGUGGAAUUGACCAAUUGGUUUGGCGAAAUGAAGCGAAAAUUUGAGGACAAAACCAUCGAUAUGGAUGUGGAAGCAUGCGAAAAGAGCAAAGAGCGUUGGGUACUUGAAUCCGAUGAAACUGCUCAGGCUUAUGCGGUGACGGUUGGCGAGGGAAAAGCCCUCAUACAGGAGAUGCAGAAUGCCGCGCACACAUGCGACAUCGAUUAUUCGCAAUCCAUCAAUCAUAUUCAUCGGCUCAUUGCUGACAUUGAUGAACGUAAUGCGACACUUUCGAACGAAUGGGCUCCGCAACGAGUCAUUCUUCAAAUCGCCCUCAAAUUUGCAAUCUUUUGCCGCAACAAUUGGGAUGUUAUGCAACAAAUCAGGAGUUGGGAAGAAGAUAUGCGGGAAAUGGUCGAAUCCGAAACGUUCUUUGAUAAAGCCGACACGGUGUUGCCGUACCACAAAGAUAAUCAGAUUCAAGUUCGGACCGCAAUCAAUAAUAUCCGAAAAACUGCGAAAGAAUUGAAUCAAGCCCUGCAUGCGCAUGGAAUUGCGGAUCUCUGUGUUCGCGACGGACGACGAGUCAUCGAGUUGAUCAAGGAUAAUGUUCGGAUUCUCGACCAGGCGGAGAAGGAAGUGAUGAAGUGUGCCGAUGAGACAUGCCAGAAGAUCGAAGCUGCGUGUGAAGUCGUUGCGUGCCGAAAUCUCGCCGAUGGCAUGAUAUCGAUGAUUGAGCGCGAGGAGAGGCAUCUGGCGAGUUUGGGAGGAAUUCCGGCGAAUUGCCGAGAAGCCGAAGUUGCGCAAGAUGUGCUCAAAGAUUUCCAAGGCAAAAUUGAGAAACGCCUCAAAGAGCCUUACAAUGUGUUCGUGCAAAAAUGGCGAGAGCUGAUGCAGGAGAAUCGAGUUGAACGAGACGUGAUCGUAGCGUUCAAUGAGCAGAUACAAUCGAAAUGGCGACGUCUGACUGCGCUCUGCGACGAGAGGAACAAGCUGCUCAAGGCUGCCAUUGCCUGUUAUAAGACAUAUGAGGAGGGGGUGGUGCCUAUUCUUCAGCAGCUCGCGAAAGACUACAGCCAGCCGCAAAAGGAUUGGUGUGCGCAAUGUCCGUCGACGUCGCAUCAAGAAAAGGUCGAUUUCAUAUUGGAGCUUUUGGAGAAACACAUGGAAUAUAAGGACAGAUUCAUCAAAGGAUGUUGUUAUGCGCAGAAAAAUGGCGAAAUAUUCCUACGGUAUAUACAAAGGACCAAUGUGAGAUCGCAUGAAAGACGCCGAAUACAUGAAGAACGGAUUGCCCAUAUGAAAGAGGAUAUUCGAGAUCGACAAUCGAAUAUUCUCGAACUAUGGAUGAAGAAGAAGACGCAGCUUGAUCACUGUCAUUCUUAUGUACUCCUCGAUGCCUCACGGAUUCAAAUAUUCGAUUGGCUUAAUGGCGAAGGGGAGCAGAAACUUCGCGAGUUUGAGAAACGCGGUCGCAAUACGACCGAUAAGAAUUCCGAUGAAUUCGGAAGCUUCAAACUGCUUGUCAAAGAGAAGAAGACCAAUAUCCAAGCAUUCUUGAUGAUGGCUGCUGACAUCAAAGACAAGGAGAGUGGAGCUAAUCAGCAUUCAGAUGAGAUCGAUGCAAUUAUGAAAGACGUCAAGGAGAAGUUUGAAAAGUUCUCGAAGCGGGUUGCAGCUUGUGAAGUGAUAUUGCGAGGGGAAAAUAGCCAGAAGGAUGAAUUCUCACUUGAUCGUCAUUCGGACACAAGCAUAUUUGAUGAUAAAAUGGUGAACGUUCGACGGGAGGAAAAUCGAAAAAUGCUAGAACCGAUGCGCGAGUUGCUCAAAUCCGAAAGAGACUACAUCGAAGAUUUGGAGCGAUGUGUUAAAAUUUAUAUUACGGAAUAUGACAAUGCUUUGAAGAAUGGUACAUUAGCUCAAUCGCUUAGAAGUCUUCGAGGCGAGAUAUUCGGAAAUAUUGAAAAGAUCUACACGUUCCAUAAUGACAAGCUUUUGCACGAAUUGGAAAAGUACGAGACGCAACCGGAGGCGGUCGGCGCUUCUUUCACCGUCUGGAUUGAUUUGCUCAAUGAGCUCUACACAGAAUAUUGUGUGAACAAAGAGCAAAAGAAUUAUGUGAUUGCCACACCGGAUGCCGUCGCCUUCUUUAAUGGUGUCCGAGAGAAACACAAUCUUGAAAUCAACAAUGAUGUUGGUAGUCUGCUCAUCAAACCGGUUCAGCGCAUCACGCGCUAUCGUCUGCUCAUGGAGCAACUGCUCAAGAAUUGUACGGGUAAUUCUGAAGAGCUACGGGAAGCUUACGAGGUUGUCAUUAGUGUUCCACGACGGGUUAACGAUAUUAUUCACUACAAUUGUUUGGAUUUAAAGGAUAGUAAUGUUGAUGUUCUUGGUCCAUUUGUGAUCCAGGAUAUGCUGACAGUCUGGGAACCUAGGGCGUAUUUCAAAGGUCGCGGCAAAGAGCGUCAAGUUUUUCUCUUCGAAUUGGCGAUUGUUUUCGCGAAACGUCUAGAAAUCUCACCGAAGAAUGUUCGCUAUGUGAUAAAGGGAAAACCGCUUCCGUUGAGUGAAGUCUCCGUAGUUGAGCACGUCGAAGGCGAUACCGCACGAUUUGGUCUUCGCGUCGGAACUGUCGCUUCGAAUGACAAUCGAACGGAUCUUAAGGCUUCAUCGGAGAAGACAAAAGUGAUGUGGGUUCGGAAGAUUCGAGAACUGACCCAGGGAUUGCUUACACUCAAUCUUGGUGUGUCAUCUGCACUUUCUGUACCAUCAACAUCUAGCGGUGGACCAAGAUCGGUAUCAAUUCGAUCAGGAGCCUCAACAUCAUCCGGAGAUCGAUUAUCUCAAGAUGUAGAGUCGUUGAUGCAGCACAGGCAUAGUGUGCAGAGUGUUGAUAGCGAGAUUUGUCCGGAAGAAGAGAAAGCAAAGUUGAACGAGACGAAGAAUGCAUGGAAUUUUGUUGCGGCACCGAGCAUGACACCUGUUCGACGUGUCGCCGACCUCCUUCGGGCCCAUGACACAGGCCACAGCGAAGAAAAAAAAAAGACGAAAACGAGAGGAGAGAUUUGCCGUUUGAAAUUGAUUGGCAAAACGCCGAAUUUGCCAUAUUUGGAUGAAUUGAUGGGAAUUGAUUGA